GCUGAUUCUGUCAAAGACUUGCACCAUUAUGGAACUGAACUUGCUGCUAAAUUCCAAAGAACCUUAAACUGCUGACCUUUUGCUAAGGAAUAUGAUCCAGAGGAACUACUCAGUGCUUAUUAUUUCCAGCAAGACUCUGCAAGACAUGACUUCUACUUAUCUGAACAUUUCUAGCAACGUGUCAGACAAAAUGUCAUGCCAGAAUAUGACCCUUACAGACCACCAGCCGGAGCUGAUGCCAGUAUUGUACUCUAUUAUUUUCACCUUUGGAAUCAUUGGCAACUGUUUGGUGAUUGUCGUUUUCCGCCUCCAAGGAGACCUUAAAUCUGUUGCCAGUAUUUAUAUUAUGAACUUAGCCGUGGCGGAUCUAGUGUUUUUGGCCACACUACCAUUUUGGGCAACAUACUAUGCUUUUGGCUACAACUGGCUUUUUGGGAAAGUGAUGUGUAAAAUCUCAAGUUCCCUUUUAUGUCUUAAUUUAUUUGCAAGUAUCUUCUUUAUUAGCUGUAUGAGUGUGGACAGAUACUUAGCCGUUGUUUACCCUUUUAGUUCACAGAGGAGGACCAAGCACCAAGCUUGUCUAGUUUCCAUAUCUGUCUGGAUCUUGGCUAUAUUGUCCUCUAUCCCCACAUUUUAUUUUCGCAAUGCCUUCUAUAUUGAUGAACUUGGAGUCCGUGUUUGUGCAAUGGAUUUUCCAAAAGAAAAAUAUUCCAGCUGGUGUGUGGGGAUGGCUUUAAUGAAGAUCAUGCUUGGGUUUUGUGCGCCAGUGUGUGUCAUUGGCACUUGCUACCUGAUGAUUGGCAUACAUCUUAUAAGGUCGAAAGGACCAAUGAUCACUAUACAAAACCGAGACAGAGUCUUGAAAAUUGUCACAGCAAUCGUGAUGGCCUUUUUAAUCUGCUGGUUUCCCUUCCAUGCACUCACCUUCUUGGAUGCUCUCGUCAGAAUGCACAUAAUAAGUAAUUGCCAAAUUGUGACAUUUAUUGAAAAAGCCAUGCCGUUUUGCAUCUGUAUGGGCUUUUCCAAUAGCUGCAUUAAUCCACUAUUGUACUGCUUUGUUGGAAACCAAUUUAGGGAAAAUUUCAGACAUUUAUUUCUAUCCAAGAUAUCGGUGAAUAUUAACAGCCAGCUAAACUCUUCUAGAAAGGCAAGUGACUGCAAGGAGCAAGAGCCAAGUGGACAAAGUAAUAAUGUGGUUAUAUAACUGUUUGGCCCUCCAGUGUCCUAUAAAUCCUCAUUUUACAGUGACAAGUUGCAUGCCAGGUUGGUUGGAAAUAAUUUUUCUGAGAAGCACAAUAGCUCAAAGCAAUUCUCAGCUAGAACGUUUCCUUAACAAUAUCUUACUUUCUUAUUCCUUCAUGGACAAAGGAAUCACUUGUAAGAUUUUUAUUCAGUGCCAUACGAUUUACAAAUUUGGUAGUACCACAACAUAUAACUUUUGGUGCUAAAACCCCAUAUUUUGACCCUAUAUGAAGCAAGGUGCCACUAGGCUGGGUACCAAUAAUGAUAAAUAGAUGAGCGCAUUUUUGUUGUUGCCUUGUAUGAACAUAGGUAUUAUUUCACUACUGUGUGUGUGUAUUUACAGGAACCUCUCCAGAGCAUUUAAUUUAAGCAUCCAAAGGAAAUAUCUGUUCUAAGUGCUAUUACAAGCUGGUUACUUACUUAAGUACGCCAUCAUUUUGGCGCAAUUGCAUCCAAUACAAAAGCCCUCUUGCCUUUGCAUUUGUAAAUAAGCCUUGUUGUCCCCCACUCAAUCUCAAAAACUAAGAGAAGCACUCACAGUUUGUGUGCAAAAGCCCUACUUAAUUAUCACAAAAAGAUGGCUAGUACAAGCUUUUGGGGUAUCUCCCCUUCCAAUGUUAUAUGCUCUAUUUUCAAUGUGCAGGUACAGAAUAAGAGAAAAACGUCACAUACAUCUUUUCAAUCUGUAUCAUAAUCAUUUUGGAUUUCUCUAUGUUUUUUUUGUUUAAAGAAUGAGACUGUUAUCCAGUGUUUUGCUGCUAAUGGCAGGGAGGUUACAGUUCAAGCCUGGGAAGAAAGUAUUUCCUAUUCUGGUGGGGGGGGGGAGUGCUGCAUUCAUAGAUUCCAUCUUGAGGAUUAAUUCUAGUUUCUUCAGAAUUGCACAGCCAAGAGUGUGGGAAAUCUGUUGCUACAUAUAAAAAUGUUUUGACACACGUGUUUAUGCAUUUCUGAGAUCAGAUGAAAAAAGCCCUUUUGCAACUAAAGAGUUAUAAUGUUUAGUAUCUGGGCAGAUUAAAUCUUCUGUGGGCCCCUGAGCUGUGCCUUGCCCUCACCCAUUCUUUGCCCUUGCUUCUCCCACAUCCCAACCCCAACCAAUAACACAAGGACCCUGGUAUUACGGGCCCUAGACAACCACCCAAAUUGGGGGACGCAACAGUGUUUGCAAGCUGAGUAAAAAGAACAACAUAGUUUUCUCUACAACUCUACAACUGCAAAUAAAUCAUUCUGUGAAUGUUUCUGAAUGAAAUACAUUUCAGCACUUGCCAAUAUUGUAUGCAAUCCUUGUAAAUAAAUAGUUUUUAAAGGGAA